UCAUUCCAGUCCGAGAACUGCCACUUAAGUUUCUCUUCGUUCUUUUUUUCUCACCGUUUUCUUCAUGAUCAUUUUUAAUUUUUUCCUAACCUAGUGCACUUUGCUCCCGUAUCCCCCGACUGUUAUUGACACACCGGGAAGCGGGGAUUGCAUCCGUGUGUGUGGGGUGGUGGUGCGGGAUUUAAUCCGAGCCAUAUCGAAUGAUUAAUGGUAUUGAUCCGGCGCGCUGACACGUGAUCGCAUCACUUUCGCUCUCGCUCGUCCGUCUCUUUUCUUCUCUCCGUCUUUACUGUCUCUCUCUCGCGCUCACUCUCGUGCGCACGUCGAUCCAGUUUGAUCGUGACAGCGCGAGCGCUGCUUGUGCAUCUUCAUCUGGGAAAAAGACCGAGUCGGAAUUGCUCCUGCCGUUCUGAUUUUUAAUUUGCGGAUGUGAGAGAGAUAGCGACAAGAUGAUCGUGGUGGACAGUGUUCAUUCCUCGGCCAUGGAGGCCCUGCUGAAGGCGGCCCGCGAGAUGGACAGUGUGGAGGAGAUGGUGGGGUUGUGUGCGCUGAUCAAGCUGCUCCCGCUGGCCCACAAGACCUUUGUACGGCUCAUCGUCGGCCAGCUGAUCGAGCAGGAGACGCGGCCGGAUGCGGCGGAUCCGCUGGUGGACUUUGUGGGCCAGGAUGCCAGUAAAGCAGACAGCCUAUCCAAACAGCCCCUGGACAAGCUAAUAACCCUUCUAUGCUUCCUGAAACCCGACCACCCGCCGUCCCUCCGUCACGCCCUGUCCACCGCCGUGCAGCAGGCCUACCACCAUCCGGGCGGCAGUUCCAAACUCCUGCACCAGCUGGUCACCAUGGCCAGCAUCCAUCCGGCAUUCUGUGAUAAGGACCGCGAGACGUUCGCCAUCUGGGCGGCCUCGGCGGUGGGCGCCGUGACCUUUCCCAUGGUCAUCGCCUCGUCGACCGGGGAGGCCGUGGUGCCGCUGUCGCCCAGCGCCUCCCUGGGGACCAUCUCACCGCGCUCGCUGUCCCCGAUGAAUUCGUCCUUGUCGCAUGCGUCCUUGUCGCCGCAGAACUCCGCCGGCUCGUCGGGGAUCGGGGAGGGUCCGGCGGAGCAGCCGCCCGGGAAGGAGAACGCCAAGCUGCCGUUCCACGCGCCCCUGCAGGCGGCGGUGUCGGAUACGGCCGCCAUUGUGCGGCGGACGAUGAGUCUGAUGCCGCCGGGACGGAUGAACGGCGGGGAUCCGCUGCACCGCUCGCUGUCGUCCAGUCCCAAUCAGGAGGAGCGGAUGGGAGGAUCGAGGUUGGAUUUGAAUGGCAGCUGCUCCAGUAUGCUGAACGCCGAACCGUUUAUCCAUGUUCCGCAGCCGGGAAUGAAAGACGUCCCCGGUUGGCUGAAAACCCUCCGCCUGCACAAAUACUGCAGUUUAUUAGCUAAUAAGACCUACGAGGAACUGAUUGGCAUCACGGAAGCACAGCUGGAAGCAUGGAACGUAACCAAAGGCGCCCGGGGGAAGAUUGCGCUGAGUAUUCAGAAGUUGCGUGAUCGUCCCGAGGAGUUGCGGCAGUAUGCUCAACAGCUCCACGACCCGGCACAGCUGACCACCGUCCUGGCAGAGGUGCGCAACAUGCUGGGCACGCCCAUCAAGAUGACCACCUCCCCCAUCCGGGAUCUGGAGAAGAUCGUGUCCAUGGACCAGAUCCCGUCCAAUGAUAUCGCCGCACGGAUAACGUUUCUCGUUAAGAAAGCGGCAGCACUGCGCUUGAGCGGCGCCGCCAUCCCGCAGCCGGAAGACGACACCAGUGCGGUGUUGCUGCAGAUCACGGACCGCUGUCUGCACCACGAAGCCUUCUACAGUUCCUUGCGCAGCGUACUGCAGUCCAUCAAACAUAAUCUCCACCUGCAUCUCCGUCCCAAUUCCUUCCAAGGACACCGGAAACUGACCAAAUGUUACACGGCCAGUGGACACUCGAGCAGUUUCGACAACCGAGCGAACGGUGUGGGACAGCCGGAAUUCUUCGGCAACGGUGCGGAAGGACGCUUCCGGCCCUUGACCGCGACGGCGUCGGUGCCGGCCCACCGGCCCCUUCAGCGCAUGUACGCCGUCAAGGGACCGGCGACGCCGGCGUCUCCCAUCGACCCCGACAAACUCCUCAAACCGGCCAAGAUCCCCGUCGGACGGACGAAGUCGGCUCCGUUGUCCGAAAUGGAAUCGAAUCUCUGGUUUGACGGAUUAUAUCCCGAAUUGGAGACGCUGACACUGAGCGUCACGGAGCACGCACUUGACAGCUUCGAACACACCUCGUAUUGAAUGAUAUACGAACACAUCCGGCAACUUUAAUAUGGAUAUAUUGGAAAAUAGUGGGUGCAGCUGUGGAUUCUCUGUUUUUGGAGGAGGAUUUUCAUUUUGGAUUUAUUUGGCUCUUUCUGUUUUGGAUCGUUGUGAUAGAGGCUUCUAUAUACAUUUAUCCGGAAUAUAAAUGUUUUCGAUCGUUUUUGGCGCAUGUUGUAAUAUGUUUGUCCUGUUUGAUGACAGCAGCGUUAUGCGGGUGACCUUUCUGUUCUGGCGGGCCCGGGAUGUUAUGGUUUCAAAAGCAGUUGUCCUCUCAUG